UGCUAUUAAAGCCAGGUUUUGUCGGUCCCUUGAAUGGCCUUAGUAGCACUAUAUUUAAAUAAAUGCAUUUCUUUUUCAGCUGCUACUAAGCAGAAUCCCGUGUGCUGCCAUGGACAGUGUGGAGAUGGAAUCUGUCCAGAUUAAAGAGGAGUUCUCUGAACCUGAACUUGUCCUCUUUAGAGCGGAGGUCGCUGGGUUGGCUUCCCUUCCCAUUAAACAGGAGCUCUGUGAGAUGCAGUGUGACAGCAGUCAGCCACAGGUCUCUGAGAUUAAAGCUGAGCACAGUGAAUUGGAGAUCUCUCAGACAGAAGAACCCCUUCCUGUGAAACAAGAAGAGGUGCUGGAAAUUAACCAUAUUAAACAGGAGCCCUCUGAAGUAGAGUUUGACCACAUGGAACCAGGGAAGGAAGAAUCCGAGGACUUCAAACCAAACAUCCCUGAGCUGGAGAGAAUCUGCGUGAGAGAGCAAGGUGCUGGAGAGGAAGGCUCUCCCAACAUCAUGCAAGGAGGUGGAAAGGAAGACGGUCAGUCACAUUCAGAAUGCAGUCUAGCAGGUUCCAGUCCAGCAGCUAAAGCGAGGGCAGGCGGUGGAGAAUAUCCUGACUGUGGGAAAGGUUUCAUGCAGAUAGGGCAUUUAAACAAAACCCAACGAACUCACACAGGCGAGAAACCGUAUCACUGCUCUGACUGUGGGAAGAGUUUCAAUCAUUUUAGAAACCUAAAACAACACCAGCGAAUUCACACAGGAGAGAAACCGUAUCACUGCUUUGACUGUGGGAAGAGUUUCAGUCAGUUAAACAGCCUUGUUUUACACGAGCGAACUCACACAGGAGAGAAACCGUAUCACUGUUUUGACUGUGGGAAGAGUUUCAGUCAGUCAAACAGCCUUGUUUUACACCAGCGAACUCACACAGGAGAGAAACCGUAUCACUGUUUUGACUGUGGGAAGAGUUUCAGUCGGUCAGACAGCCUUGUUUCACACCAGCGAACUCACACAGGAGAGAAACCGUAUCACUGUUCUGACUGUGGGAAGAAUUUCAGUCGGUCAGGCAGCCUUGUUUCACACCAACGAACUCACACAGGAGAGAAACCGUAUCGCUGCUCUGACUGUGGGAAGAGUUUCAGACAGUUAGGAAGCCUAAAAGAACACCAGCGAGUUCACACAGGAGAGAAACCGUAUCACUGUUCUGACUGUGGGAAGAGUUUCAGUCAGUUAGGAAGCCUAAAAGGACACCAACGAACUCACACAGGAAAGAAACCGUAUCACUGCUCUGACUGUGGGAAGAGUUUCAGUCAGUUAGGAAGCCUAAAAGGACACCAGCGAACUCACGCAGGAGAGAAACCAUAUCACUGCUCUGACUGUGGGAAGAGUUUCAGUUGGUCAGACAGCCUUGUUCCACACCAGCGAACUCACACAGGAGAGAAACCAUAUCACUGCUCGGACUGUGGGAAGAGUUUCAGUCGGUCAGACCACCUUGUUUCACACCAGCGAACUCACACAGGAGAGAAACCGUAUCACUGUUCUGACUGUGGGAAGAGUUUCAGUCGGUCAGACAGCCUUGUUUUACACCAGCGAACUCACACAGGAGAUAAACCGUAUCACUGCUCUUGCUGUGGGAAGAGGUUCAGUCAUUUAGGAAGCCUAAAAAAACACCAGCGAGUUCACACAGGAGAGAAACUGUGUUGCUGCUCUGACUGUAGGAAGAGUUUCCGUCUUAAACAAGCCAUUCAAAAACACCAGCGAAUUCACAGAGGAGAGAAACCUUAAAGACUGUUUUGUAUAUCACUCUUAACCCUUUGCGGUCCAUUUUUUCAGCAUGUAUGUUUUGUGUAUCACUCUUAAGAGCAUGCAUUUUAAAUUAUAAAAAUGCAAAUCCACUCUCUUGCUCUCUGUCAAAGUGGGCGGUGACGCUGACACGUCACAAGAGGCUUCUCUGCUGUCAGUUUAACUCAGGCUGUCAAUGCAGUCAGUGCCUGGGAGCGAGAAUAUGCAGAAAGGAAACUAUUCCACACCUCAUCUGAUGGACGAGUUGGGAUAAAUCAGUAACUCAGUGUGGAAAUGAGUUUCAGAGUUUAACAUUUGAACUUCAUUAACUUGAAAAUAAAUAAAUUGAUGGGAAUGAGUAUCCAGACCCCUGAUGUAGCAUCCCAGAGACGAGACUGCAGCGUCCUUACUGGGCAACCGCCUGGAGGAUGGGUCUUGGAAAUUCAUCACUAUUCAAAAACGUAUGAAAACUGAUAGUGUCGCAUGACUGUAUUAUGACAUGAAUGAGUGAAUAUUGCGUGACGUGUCGCUUUGCAGUGUGCAUUGUCCAUGCUUGUGUUUGUGCUGCCUUUGUAAAGUGCCCCGAGUAAUAGCAGUGCAGCAGGCAUGUGUACGGAUCUUGGGUACAUAAAGUCAUAGCUGUUUUGCAGUAUCUUGCACUCGGUGCCAAAUUCCCAAUGAAAAUGUAGCUGAGCUAUGACUAUUAAUCAGGGUUCGUACGCUAGUCUGGAAUUCUGGAAAAAGUAUGGAAAAAUGCAAAACUGAUUUCCAGGGCUUGAAAAACCACGUCUCCGUUAUGAAAGUCUUGGAAAAAGUCUGGAAUUUUACUAGCAUCACGGGAAAAUGAUUCUGCGAUUACUUUUAUUAUUAAUAAUAAUUGAUCUCUAAAGCAGGUCAGCAGCUCUAGCAGUAACUGUCUAGACAAUUUACUAGUAGCAGCUAUGUUGCUUGUGACCAAAUUCCGCGAGGAUUGCCCCGUGUAACACCCCUGACAACGCCCUGACAACUCAAAAGCAAUCCUAUCCAGUCAGCGCACUGGUAUAUGUCACAUGACUGUCUGCUCCAGUGAAACGAAGGGUAAAAUGGAGUCUACGACAGCCAAGGCUAUGAUUUUUAAACAAAGUUACAGACUGGAAUUACAAGCUACUGUACUCUGCUCACCGAGAUUCACAUUUUGUUAUCUUGUUGUUACCUUUAUUAAAUCGUUAAUGUUAUUUCCCAACCCAGGAAAAAAAAAAUGUAAUACGAUAGUUAGGGUGUAUUCAAACUGGGCUCAUUUCAAACGUCCUCAGAUCGGUUUGUUUGUUUUGAAGCAGUGUAUCAAUGUGCUAGCUGUUCACACUUGCCUUGUAUACAAACGUACUGACUUUGUUUGGAAAUUAACUGGGGCUCGUUUUCGUGGUUCACUUACGUGUUUUCCCAGGACUCAGUUCACUUGUGUUCAUAUUGAAAUAAUCAGGGCAGCAGUGUGGAGUAGCGGUCAGGGCUCUGGACUCUUGACCGGAGGGUUGUGGGUUCAAUCCCCAGUGGGGGACACUGCUGCUGUACCCUUGAGUAAGGUACUUUACCUAGAUUGCUCCAGUAAAAACCCAACUGUGUAAAUGAGUAAUUGAAUGUAAAAAUAAUGUGUAAAAAAAAUUAUAAUUUUAUGUAAAAAUAAUGUGAUAUCUUGUAACAAUUGUAAGUCGCCCUGGAUAAGAGUGUCUGCUAAGAAAUAAAUAAUAAUAAAGUGAACUCGUUUUUUAUUAAUAAAGACCAUCGGAUGUUUACAUUUUCUGGCAUUGCUUCUUCACACUAUGUAAAUAUUCAAAUACAAUAGUAGUACAGUAGCUACUGUAUAUAUUGUUUAAUGUUUUGCUUUUUUUUCAUUUAUAUAAAAUUCUCGUAUAUUGAAAAAAAGAGCUACGGUAUUGUAAUAAUGACAACAGAUAUAAAGGAAUGUAUUUUUUAGGGAUAUAGCUCCUCGUGUAAAACAUUAGCAUAGAGUGUGUACAGCGAUGAAUAAAUAAAUUGUGUUUUAUUUCAUUUAUGCAAGACAACAGCGAACACGUAAUUCAUACCUGGGAACUAUUUGUCAAACUCUGAGACGGACAUCCUACUGCAUAGCAUUGUUUUCUUUCUUUAAGUUUACUAAACCAAAAUCAGGAACAUAUAAUAAUUUAGAAAAAAAAUCUGGUCCUUUUUUUAAUAUAAUACUUUGUAUUUUAGUUUUUUGGGGUUUUUUUUGCAGCACUGGUAAACAU